ACACAAUUGUACACAUUUUACGGCCUUUAGUUUUCUCGUCGCUAGCGAUUCGGCUUACCUUAGGUAGGUAGGAGCUGCUGCAGCCACCGAUCGUCUUUCGGCAAGAACGGAAGUUUUGUCUUCGACGCGCGUGGCUUGACUGUACAUUUUCCUCCUCAAUGCUCUCAGUAGUCUUGAAAUUCACUGCACAUCAGAAUGAGAUGAAACGUGCCUGAAAGUUUUGGAUUCCUCAAGCAUUACUCAAGCCCCCAAAGCGCGAUCACUAGGGCAGACGACAAUUCGCGUGCCGAUGGGAAGGAUAUUGCGAACAUCAUGGAACGCGUGGAGACAAGAAACACAUCCGCUUCAGAACAGAGCACAACCCCGACAACUGAACGACGCGACAAUGGAUUCGAUGGUGGACUCACAAGAAGAAAGUCGACACUGUCUACAGUACGGAGUAAUGACCAGACUGCCAGUGCGCAGCCGGCUCCCAAGAAGCGCUCUCUGAUCCAAAAAAGCUUUGCGAUAUGGCAGAAGACCGGAAUCGACUCCAGGGUCUAUCGCUCAAUGUUCAAGUCGUCCAUCGCACCAACUAUCACCCUUGCGCUGUACCAGCUGGACGGCUUCGCCAACUACUAUACCACUCUCGGCUACCUGGCUGUCGUGAUGACGAUCCUUUCUGUGGUGAUGAUGCCUCGCGCCAAGUUCCUUCAGACCAUGCUGGUCAAUCUUCUGUUCCUCUGCCUGGGCGCGGCCCUAUCAUUACUGGCAAUGUACUGCUGCAUCAAGGCACGCAGAGGCAGCACAGCUCCUUACGAUUCCUCUGCAAGCGCUGUAGCAGCUGUCUGGUUGGUCGCGCAGGUCUUUUCUAUCAGUGUAGUGAGGGCGAAGCUGCCGCAGUAUAACAUUCCUUGCAUUUGUUGGGCCAUUUUUGCAAACGUCUCUAUGGUCUAUGGGCCACAGUUUGCGACAAUGGCUGCCGCGGAAUCCUUUGCGAGAAGACUUCUUGUGGGAUUCCUUACCGGCUUUGGCAUUGGCACAAUCAUCUCGCUUCUGAUUUUCCCACUCAACAGCAGGCAAGUAGCGUUCAAAGGUAUCACAGGGUUCAUCGCGUCGCUUCGAGGAGCUUUGCAGGCCAACCUAGAUUACAUGCGCAGCUUGGAGCGCACAGAUAUGUUCACGACUGCCACAACGAACACAAAUGGUGAGAAGCUUCCACGGAGCUCGGAGGCCAGAGCUUUCAAGCAGAAGAUGGACUCCCUAUCGGCUCUCUACGGCAAAUUGGCUACAGAUCUACCUUUCGCCAAACGUGAGGUCGCUCUCGGAAAGCUUGGCCCGGAUGACAUCCAAGAGAUCUUUCGCCUGUUGCGUCUGAUAAUGGUGCCAAUCGUCGGCCUUAGUUGCAUGGCUGAUAUCUUUGUUCGCAUCGCAGAAGAAUCGGGUUGGAACAGGAAUGUUGACUUUUCGAACGUUGCACCUGAAGACGCCCCUAACGAGAGCGAGAUGAUGAGGAUAGAAGCAGUGAAUGAGUGGCACGGAUUGAUGAAACGUCUCCGAGAGCCAUUCGACCAGAUCACUCAGACAAUUGAUGAAGGACUGGAACACGCACGCAUCGUCUUGCAACUCGGGCCCAAGCCGCCAAGGAGGGGCAACGAGGACGUGGAGAAACAAGGGACGACAGAACCUGGACCAGGCGAGAGUGGCUUCGCAGAAGUCUUUUGGCGACGAGCUCAGGAAUUCAAGGAGAGUAAGAAAGUUACACUUCGGGAGUGGUGUCAUCUGCAUGAUAUCCAGCUUCCCGAGAAUUUCUUCGACGAUCCAACUAUCGCGAAUUUGGACGCUCCGGCAUGGAUGCACGAAGGUUUUCUGUCCGACCCUCAUCGACACCUGCGGCGCCAGCUCUUCCUCGUUCUAUACUUCGAGUUCCUGCUCAUAACCAUCGCUCGCCGAACUCACAGGUUCAUCUUGGCGGUGGAUGCAUUCAAGGCCCACGGGAAACUCGACAAAAGGCGAUUGGUGGUGCCUGGCUACAAGAGAACAAGGAAGUGGCUGGCCAGCCUUCUAAAGGACGAUGAGGAUGCUGCAGACGAUAAUGACAUGAACACAGAUGGUCGAAGGGCGCAGGUCUACCUUGGAGAUGCUUUCAAGAAACGCAAAGAUCCAGAGCACUUGCCACCCACGAACGCUUGGGAGCGCUUCGGCAACAAGCUUCGUAAAAUCGCUCACUUCUUCCAGUCUCCUGCAGCCUCCUUUGGACUUCGUGUCGUAGCGGCUACCAUGACUCUCGCGAUUGUGAGCUUUCUGCGGCCUACGCAAAGGUUCUUCACAGAGCAAAGAUUGUUCUGGGCACAGAUCAUGAUCACUAUAUCUCUGUCUCCGACUUUUGGCCAGUCACUUAGGGGCUUCUUCAUCCGCGUCUCUGGAACGGCACUGGCUUUGGUUACUUCUCUGGUAGGCUGGUAUAUCGUCAACAAGGAAACAACUGGUGUCAUCGUGUUCUUCUUCAUCUUUGCUCACUUCGGAGCUUACAUCAUGCUCUUAUACCCAGCUUACGUUCAAGUUGGAGUGAUCUUCCAGCUCACAAAUGCAUUGAUUACGGGCUACGAGCUGCAGGUCAGGAAGCUUGGUAUCGAGGUGUCGACCUCUAAUGGCCAGGCCUACUAUCCGAUAUAUGAGCUCGCGGGAAUUCGAUUGGCGACCGUCUGCGCAGGUCUAUUCGUAGGCUGGAUCUGGACUUGGUUUCCCUAUCCCAUCACUGAACACAACCAAUUGCGGAGGCAGCUCGGCUCUACGCUGUAUCUUCUGGCCAAUUAUUACUCGGUCAUGCACGAGACUGUGCGGCUUAGGCUUGGUAAUGCACAAGGCGAUUUGACUUCGAAAGACAGCCCAGGUCGUAGACUGGAGAAAGCCCGCAGCAAGCUCUAUUCGAAGGCGAGCUUGACCAUUGCGAGCCUAAGAGCACAGGCCCAAGUCGUUAAGUACGACAUUCCAAUCGGAGGUAAAUUCCCACAAGAGCAGUAUCAGCGACUUAUCAAUCAGCUGCAAAGCAUGCUCAACUUCAUGUCGUUGGUCUCCGUAGCAUCUUACAGCUUCGAAGAACUGCGAGCCGAAGGCGAGGCACAACAUGGUUUACAGUGGCUCCAUGGCUUUCAAAAAUUGAUUGGCGAAGCCAACUAUACUUCAGAGCAGGUCACCACGAUGCUUACGCUUCUCUCGGCUUCGAUUACGUCCGAGCAGGCGCUUCCACCUUACCUACGUGUGCCAGAACCAUUCUUCUUAUCACAGAAGCUUGAAGAAAUGGACAAGGACAUGUUGAGUAUCAGGCACAUCGCCGAACCAGGCUACGCGAGUUUCGCGGUAAUACAGAUUGGCACCAAAUUCAUCUAUGAAGAUCUGCGACGGCUGGUAGCUGGCGUCAAAGAGCUUGUCGGAGAGCUUGAUUUUUCGUACCAUAUUGUGUCAACAUCUGACCCGGAGAGGAACGAGUCGGAGGAGACUCUGGUUCUCACAAGAACGCGGGCCAACACUAUGGGCAGAACGAAACAGGACUGAGGCAGAUAUGCUAAACUGCGCUCGGAAUGCCUUUCUAACGACUCUGUUGACGAGAAGAGGUCGGCAAUUGCAAGUCCACUCCAAUGGCUGCCCGCCUUUGCGGUCUCCACUUUGAGGAGUCGGAUGUGGAGAAUUUGAAGUUGCUUGCGUGCUUGCACAGCUUACGAUUCCACGCGGCCGCAUACCACUGCCAAGUUCUUGUCGACAGGCCGACAACGAACUACUCUCUUGCCGAAAAUGAGCAGAGCUGCCACUCUGUGUAUUUAGCCG